AUGUGUCUUAACUUCUGUGGUGUGUUGGCUGGUCCUGAUUUCUUACCAGGAUUCUGGAUCUUCAUGUACAGAGCUAACCCAAUGACAUAUCUCAUCCAAGGUAUUUUGUCGGCUGGUUUGGCCAAUACUGAAGUUGUAUGCGGAGCUAAGGAAUUGUUGCACUUUGAUCCACCAUCUGGUCAAACCUGUGGUGACUACAUGUCGAGCUACAUUUCAACUGCUGGUGGUAACGUUAUCAACCCUAGUGCCACUGAAGGAUGUAAAUUCUGUACCAUGAAGUCCACCAAUGCCUUUUUGGCAUCGGUGAGCUCGGUAUACUCAGAAAGAUGGAGAAACUUCGGUAUCUUUAUUGGUUUCAUUGCCAUCAACAUCAUUGGAACUGUGUUCUGUUAUUGGUUGGCCAGAGUACCUAAAGGUAACAAACUGAAGAAGCAUUAA